GUAUAUCGUGUCGAUUAGGUUAGCUAGACAAUCUUGACGUUUAUCAAGAACACUAAGACAAUGGAUUCAACUCCCGUGCACCAACCGGACUCUGAUUGCCCUAUCGCAAUGACGUGCGACCUGCCGACGGAUGAUUGCUGUAGCAACAGCAUUGUAGAAGCAGAUGAAAACUUGGAAUUGCGAAGGUUUGCGGCAACUGACUCGAUUUCGCCGGAAAAAUCUCAUGAAAUAUCAUCGUGUUCCUACGACGAAAACACUGAAAUGCUCUCACCAUGGAGCUCCUUCAGAGACAGCGAUGAAACAGAUUCUUUGUCUAUUUUUUCUUCUGGCUCUUCAUGGGACAGCUACAAAUACACCGACCUGAGGUAUACGAUGAUAUCAAACCUUUUUUUCUUUGUAGGCGCUUGCAUCCAGACAUACACCAGCGCAGCAAGUUUGAAGUCUACACAAGCCGAAUGGCAGUUAGACGAUGAUAGUGAUUGGGAUGAUGACGAUUACGUCCCGACCGUACCCGACAGGGCAUGGUAUGCCUUGUACUCCGUAGGUCCCUUCCUCUAUAUCAUAAACGCUUGCAUCGAUAUUCGAUGGAACAUGGAAUAUCUGACAUGGGCUACUCUGUGGUCAAGAUUGUGUAGCUUCACUCGGAAUAGCGAUGUAUCACCCCACAACUCGACAGCACAGAACUUGAAAAGUGACUACCAACGAAUAGAGGACGUAGAAGCUGACGCUGACGGAGAAGAAAACAAUACUAUCUCUACAAUCGAAUCCUCUUCUACAUCAUCCGCUGAUCCAUCCCACGCAUGUUGGCAAGUGGUUGUCGCAAUGAUCUUUGGGACUGGUGCCGUUUUUGAAUUCUACAGCACCUUCCUAGAUGACUACUACGAAGACGAAGACGAUGGCUGGGAUGACGACUCUUAUCUCAUUUCAAUGGAAUCGAAACGAAAAUGGUUUUUCUCGAACUACAGGAUUGGUUUCAUUGGUAUGCAUUUGUACCUUCUUAGUGGAUUGAUUGAAUUAAUUUCGCAACGAAAUUCUUAUCGAAGCCGAUGUCAGGUUGGCUGCUGCGGCCGUAAAAUUUCUUGCACAAAUGGGGUGGACGAAAGUCCAUCCAGACUUUCUUCAAUGCGAGUGGCACACUAUCUGAUGUUCCUAGGAACCAUUCUUUUUGUCUGUGGCACAAUAUUGGAUUGUACCAUGGCCUAUUUGUCUGAUCCAGACAUCCGGCACUACCUUGAUCCAACGAAAGAAGUCUUGUGGGACGUCAAUGAGAUGACGCUAGCCACCAGCGAUUUGAUUUCAUCCUUGCUGUGGAACGUGGAUGCGAUUUUGUACAUUAUGGCUGAUAUCCUCCUUUUCGAUCUUCACAGAGGGGAUAGCAAGGGGUGGAAAUGGCUUUGUGGCAACUUCAAGCGACACCACUACACAGACGACCGCAUUGAUGGAGUUGCUUUCCUGUCAGAAUUUGAAGAAAAUAGAAGAGACGACAACCAAGGUUUGUUGUAUGGUUCAACCACAAACAAUUAUUCGACGAUUUGAUUAACAUCGCAUUGAAGAGGGAAGAAGCAUUCAAAGAUAGCACGAUGUUGUAUCCAAACGCGUUGUGAAAAUAAGAAUAUAUAGACAUGUAAAACUUGGAGAAUGUAUUUUUAAAGUCACCAUUACAAUUAGAGUGCAUGGGCAGAACAAAUAAGAUAGUGAGCGAAGUCUAGCACAGCUCGAAAACUAUCGAAACACUCUUUUUUGGUCGGUGUUAUCGAAAUUAGCAAACUUGCGUGCUCGUUUUUGCAUUAAAAAAUUGAAUGAACUGAUAUACUUAUACUACGUACAUACGUACCAUAUGUUCCUAGCAGGAAUAUUUGUAGAGCCCCAAUUUCGCUAGUUGUCUGUCCGCGUACCGGUCCGGGUGACGGUCCACGUACAGCAAGUUGACACCCGCUAGCGCUACCAGUACGAGUAUUUUCCAGUAUGGUACAGUAGUUUGAGCACUGGUAGUACUUCUACUAUUUUCAACUGCAGUCACAAACAAAGUCUUGGAAAUUUGACAUGCUCUUUCGCGUACCGUACCGUACGGUACGAGACUACUGUAUCACAGUAAGCUUCGAAAAAAAAGACCCUACUCGAGCAGGGGUCAUAAAUUUAUGCACUUCAAGAAUGGAGGGGUUCGACUUCGUACCGCACAUACGUACGGUACUCGUACUGUACCGUAUGGCAUGCGUUCUGUUUUUGGAUCUGAAAACAAAAUCUUUUGAAAACCUUCGAAUGCUCGUGCUCCUACCGGUAGACGGUGCAUGGUAUGAUAGCUGAAUGGAAAGAAAUGGAACACGAACAAGUACCGAAGGGUCACUCACAUCAGUAAUUCAUAGAGGAAUCUCGUCAGAAAGAGGACAAGAUUGUUACGAGAACAAAAGAAGAAGCUAUUCCUCGAAAUAUGGAAAGUGGAGACGAAGAAUCUUUUGAGGACUAUGUCGAGGCGACGGUGCCUAUCGACCGUACUGUCGCACUUUUCGUUGUGGGGAUAACAUCAUUGCUUCUAUUGUUGCCAGCAAUCGAGUUGUCGCUUCGCCCUUCGGAUGAAAUUGAUUGCGAAUGCGAUGAAAAGGAUGAUGGCGACGAGGCAUCGUCUGUCAGCAGAAGCCCUCGAGUAGAGAAACUUGAAGGCGGAGAAUCUACGCCUCUUUUGAGCAAUUCAAGUAGCAUCAGAGACGGCAUAGGAUACGGCGGAAAUUCGUCUGGUUCUGAACGCGGACGAGAUGAUAACAUCAAGAUAGAUGCAAGAAUUUCUAUACCGAAACGACCAUCGAGCAAUUCUCUCCACAAAUUGAGCCCCAGGAAGUCGAUUGGCAUCGAUACAAAUUCCUCGUUCUUCAGCACAGAUGAAACGGAGGACGAUGAGAAAGGCUUUGGCAAUGCCGCUAGGUUUUCCAAACCAAGCACAGAUGCAUUCGAAAAACUCAGGAUUAUUACAUGUCACAACACUGAUUCUCAGACGAAAGCAAUGCUAGCCCUUGGGAUUCCAUACCUAUUGCAAGCACUGGUGUCGGCUGUAUCCGAAUUCAUUCAAAUGGCAAUUGUCGGACACUAUCUCGGGACCGCCGAAUUGAGUGCGUUGGUAGUUGUGGACUUGUUUGUCAAACUGACCAGUGGUGCCGUGGCCAGUGUAAUCAUAAGUUCAAACAUCAUGAUUUCUCAGAUUGCCGAAGCAGAAGACGAAAAGAGUGUCCACAAGAUAGGGAAGUACAUUCAGUUCUCAAUUUUGUUCUACUUGGUGGGAAUGAUACCAAUCGUAAUCUUUUGGUCAUAUUGCACGAAGGACAUUCUAUUAUUUCUGAAACUCGAUCCAACAAUUGCAGAUGUGGGUGAGCAAUAUGUCACGCCAUACAUCAUUUCAAUUGUUUUAGAGGGUGUCGUCGCCGCUUUUCAACAAACCCUUGAUGUAGUGGGAUUCGAAGUCCAGUCCACCAUUUGCACAAUCCUUGGAGAAGUUGGCACAGUAUCGAUGGUCGCAGUAGCGCUGGUGGUUGGCCCACUUUUUGCUGAAGUGACAUUGGGAGAUUUGGGAUGGGUGUAUGUAUUCGCGAGUGUAUGUUACCUCGCUGGAAUUCUGACUGCAAUCUACUGUAAUGGUUGGUUGGAAGACUAUUAUAAAGGAUUCUUUUCCUCCCCGCUGACAAUGUUCGCGGCAUGUGGCAAUGGCGAUAACAGUAGCGGAACAAAUGUCGUCAGUGGGGCCGCUAUUGAGCUUCUGAUCUCCAAUGCAUUCCAAUUAGCGUUCAACGACAUGUUGUACAAUGGCGAGUGGCAACUUCUUAUCCUCUUUGCUAGGUGAGUUCUGCAUGUCGUUCGCGAUAGAUAAAGGAAAAGGGCCGGGAUAUCCUUUAAGAACAGCAUCAGCACAGGACGAAUGCAGACGAAAGAAAAUAGAAGGCAAAUCGGAGCCGAUUGAUAGACUAACUUUGACACUUUUUCUGAUUCGUCUUCUGCUGUACUCCUAUACCCAGCUCGCUAGGGCCCGCAGAGGUUGCCGCAUGGAGUGUGCUAGGAGUGAUAUGGGAGGAGCUAGAAUAUCUUGUAACGGCCAUUGCAGAGGGCUGCGAAGUUCGCGUUGCUGUUGCUUUGGGGUCUGGUAAUAUAAAGAAUGCCAAACUGACGUCAUACAAAGCAAUAUGGAUAUGUUUCGUUUGGGGUCUGAUUGUUUCCAUCGGUUUUUAUUUGUUCGAAGACACCAUUGCGGCAUUGAUUACGACAGAUUCAACAUUGAGAGAAAUUGUUUCUUUCAACCUACCAAUGAUAAGUCUUAUCAAUAUGAUUUCGGGCAUUGGGAUCAUGGCAGAACAUGUUCUUUGGAGUCAGAAUCGAGCUCCAUUGUCGACGGUCAUAGCAAGUGCGACGUCAUGCUUGGUAACCUUACCAUUGGCAGGGCUUUCGUCCUACUACUUCAAUUUCAAUCUGAUAGGACAAACGGCGAGCGUUGCUUUGGGGGGUUCAAUGUUUGUUGCCGUGUCUAUGUAUUUCGUGGUGUCGUCGGACUGGAAAAAAAUAUCCGAAGAUGUUGUUUCUCUCCAUCUUACAACGAAAGAUGACAGCAGUAAUAGUGAAAGUGAUAAUGAUAGAGAAGCUGAUGAAUAGGGUUGGAUGAAGGCGACAUUGACUAGAGCAACGGUUAAUUUUCGGGGCCAGUUGGCCAUGAGUUGGCCAUGAGGCUUCUAUCACGCAUGCUGUCAAGAGCGUUCAAUAACUUUUUUUUUUCAUC